CAUAGAUAAAAAACACGAUGGUCUUAUCUUCCAUUUGUAUAAUAUAUAUAUAUAUUAUAUAUAUAUAUUAAAGACAAGUUUGAGUUAUGAAAAUACAAGAUCUCAAUUAUGUGAAUACACAUUUCGUAGUAUCAAUAUUUAUCGGACUUCACGAAAGUAUAUCUUGGUUGUUGCCGGCAAAGACACAUAUUCACAUCAUAAGUUUAGGUAACAAGAUCCGCAUGAAGUCGAGCGAGAGUAGAGAUAACGCAACACUCACAAUAUGUCUUCUUCUUAGAAUUCUUUCUAUCAGUUCGCAAGAAAAAAAAAUGACAACGUUAUUUAAAUGAUGUCGACCGAUAAUAAGUAAUAAAUCUUUUUCUAACAUCGUUUAAAAUGUUCAUUUGAAAAUUUUCUUUUAUUUUAUUUCGUCGAAUUUUUGCAAUAACUCUUUAAAUCGAUGUUCCACCGUGAAAUGUGCGAGUAUGAGUGAACCGGUAAAGAGGAAGUGGAAGAAGAAUAAGAAGAAGAGAAGGAGUGAACAGAGUGGGAGUUGACGACUCGGCAGCAACGAAGAUCAACGUAGAAAUUAAUAGUAGAAACGUCCCGAAGAGGCACAAGCCAUGCGGCCAAUCCUCUUUAUCCUGAUCUGCUUCAUAAAUACGGCAUUUUCGUACUAUUCUAAGAAAACUCGUUUUGAUCGUUCGAUUAAUGACAAGUUAGAUGAGUCAAUCAACAAAGAAUGGGCUUUCACUGAUGAUCAAACGUUUUUCAUCGCUUAUAAAGAUAGAAAAGAAAAUGCUUGUUAUCUGGAGAGAUUGAAAGAGGAUCACGUAAAACAUUAUCAAGAUGUUCGAAUAAAAUAUCGCGAAAAACAAAAUUCAAAAGUCCUUUAUGUUCCAAAUGAGACAUUAACGAAGCUCGAGGCAUGGCGUGAAGCAGGAGGUCGAAUCGUAGAUUUUUGUCGAGGUCGUAAUAUUUAUCUCCUUCAAGAAACUAAACCAAUUGUAGGAAAUGAUUUGGAUCCGUUCUUAAACGAGAUUCCAAUUGAUGAAAAUGAUAUCUCAUCGAAAAGAGUUGCUGAUGUUGUAUUGAUACCGCUUCUCAGUCGAGCUAAAAGAGAAAUUCAAUUAGAGAAUCGAAAAAAAUUGAACGAAGAAUUCGAGAAAAUUCGAAUACGUCGUCAAACGUCACAGUUUCGUGGAAGGUUCCGAGGACAAACUCAAUCGCAAUAUUUAAAUCUUGGUAACGAUGGACAAACAGAAGGCAAAGCCGAAGCGGAAGCAACACAGCAGUCAUCUCGAGCAGUUGUUGCUGGUAAUCAUGGUAUGGGCCAAGCACAAAGUAUGUCUUCAAGUGGAAAUGGUUGUGAAGACUGUCCAGGAUAUCAACCUGAUUAUGCUCUUCACGUAGACCAAAUUCCAGGUAAAUUACAGAUUCAAGGAUUGCCUAAGGAAGGACAAUAUAUUACUGGACCAGGUACUGGUGGAACUCCAGGAAGAAUGAUAGCGGUAGAUUAUCCUGGAAGUAUGGUACCUGGCACUAGACCAACAGAAGGGGCUGAGCAAUAUCCUAAAGCAAUAUCUGGAUCUACGGUACCGAAAAGUACUGUCCCUGAUUGGCAAACUUAUCCUGGAGGAAUUCAACCAGGAACUGGAACAUAUCCCACUGGACCAAUUGGACCGGGAAGUGUAACACCAGGACAAUAUCCUGGUGUUGUACCAAGUGGAGCUUAUCCAGGUGCAUUUGUGCCAGGAGGUGUUCCAACUUAUCCUGGAGGCAUCAUACCAGGAACAACAGGAGGUGGUGGGCCUGGUGGUACUGUUCCGGGAACUGGUGUAAUGUACCCUGGCGGUGUUCCACCUGGAACUGUGCAAGCUGGAGGUGAUGUGGUAUAUCCUGGUGGCACCGUAACAGGAACAGAAGCAAUAGAAGGAGCUGGAGUAUAUCCUGGAGGUACUGCACCCGGAACUGUGCCAACUGGAGGUGGUGUAGUAUAUCCUGGUGGUACCAUAUCAAGAACUACUGGAGCUGGAGUAUAUCCUGGAGGUGCUGCACCGGGAAGUGUGCCAACUGGAGGUGGUGUAGCUUAUCCAGGUGGACCCGUAACAGGAACUACUGGAGUUGGAAUAUAUCCUGGAGGUACUGCACCCGGAACUGUGCCAACUGGAGGUGGUGUAGUAUAUCCUGGUGGUACCAUAACAAGAACUACUGGAGCUGGAGUAUAUCCUGGAGGUACUGCACCGGGAAGUGUGCCAACUGGAGGUGGUAUAGCAUAUCCAGGUCGACCUGUAACAGGAACUAUAACAGGAGAAGCUGGAAUGUAUCCUGGAAGCACUGCACCGGGAACUGUGUCAACUGGAGGUGAUGUAGCAUAUCCUGGUGGCACAGUAACAGGAACUACACCAACAGGAGGAGCUGCAGUAUAUCCUGGAGGUAUUGUACCGGGAACUGUGCCAGUUAGAGGUGGUGUAGCAUAUCCAGCUGGACCCGUAACAGGAACUACUGGAGUUGGAGUGUAUCCUGGAGGUACUGGACGGGGAACUGUACCAACUGGAGUUAGUACUUAUCCUAGUGGUGAUAUUCGAGGAACCAUAACAACAGAUGGUGGAACUUACUCAGAGCCUGUAAGAGGUACUAUAAUACCUGGACGUGUUCCAUCAGAAGCACUACGUCGACCUGGAGAACGUUACCCAGCAGAAACUUCAAUUCCAGGAGUUUCUUAUCCAACUGGUACUGGGACAGGUGGAACGGUAACAUAUCCUGGUGGAGUUCCACUUGGAGUAGACACAACGGGUGUUAGUGGUCAAGGAGUUCCUACUGGUGGUAGUGGAAUGUAUCCUGUUGGAAUUCCUAGUACUGUUGUUACGGGAGGUCCUGCUUAUCCUGGUAGAGUUGUCACAACGGAUGGAAGAGGAGUUUCUGGUGCAGGAAUUAUUCCUAAUAUUGUUACAUCUGCUAAAACAGACGUCGGUACUUCUAUAUCGUAUCCUGGAAUACCAUCUGGAAUACCAGGAAUUAGUACUCCGCAAGGUGGAGUAGCACAACCAGGUAUGACUAGAUUUAUAACUCCAGGAACCGCAUAUCCAGGAGCACCUUUACCAGGAAGCGGAGCUACUGGAGUGACUACUACAGGUGGAGGUUAUCCAGGUUCUAGUGUAUUUUUGCCAGGAGGCGUUGGAACUUAUCCUGGAAGUGUCAUACCAGGAACAGGACCUACAGGAACAGGAGGUGUACAGUAUCCUCCUUCCGGAAUACUACCUUCUGGUCAAAUUACAAAUAUUCCUAGUAUCCCUCAAUAUCCUACUAUUAAUCAAUACUAUCCAGGUGGAAUCGGCGGUCAAAUAAUUCCAGGUCAAUAUCCAGGAAGUGUCGGUACCGUAGAGGCGUCACAAUAUUAUCAAAAACCUAAAGAUAUUUCGCUCACAAGUGCAGAAGAUGAUGGUGCAGAUACCCAAGCAGCUAGUUCCGUAAAACAAGUUGAUUCUGGUACAGAAGCAAGUGCAUCCGCCCAAGGUAAAUACGGACAGGGUACUGCACAAUCUCAAGUGUCUGGAAUUUACAGUGGUUCUGCAUCAUUUUCGGCGCAAGCUGGUACCCGUGAUAUUAAUAGAAGUGCUCAAGCUGAAAUAAGUGGCGGUAAAGAUGGUGCUGUAAGUAAUGCAGAAGGUGUUGCUGGUCGUGGAAAGAGUCAAGCUCAGGUUCAAUUAAAUUCUGAUUCUGGUGAUACUUCAACGGGAGCUCAAAGUAGCGGUUGGAAUCAUGGAACAACCUCUCAGGUGCAAGCCAGUUCCAAAGGUGGAAUGGCUGAUGCACAAGCUAAUGGCGAAGGUAGCACUUCUAGCCAGGCACAAAUUGGUUUUCAGCCAUAUUUAAAAAAUGAUAAUAAAGUUGAAAAACAUUCGCUUCCCUUCCGUGGUGGAGGUGCGGCGUCUGCUCAAAGUGGAACUCGUAGAGGUCAAUCUCAAUCUCAAUUACAGGGAUCAUUUCAAUAUGGUAUCACUUAUACCGGUGCUGCACAGGCUGGCUCAGGAUCUGGCGCAGCAGCUUCUAGAAAGCCAUUUAACUUCAAUCUUACUAAUUCUGAAAUUUAUAGGUCAUAUAAACCAAGUAAUAUACCAUCGUUAUCUAAAAACGACGCCACGGAAGUAACAACUGUCUCGAGUGAUGCCGAUUUUAGUCGUAUUCAGGCACAACGGCAUGGUUUACAGACUAGCUCAAGUUCUCGACAAACGGUUGUUAGUGGUAUAUCAAAAGAAAAAGCAGAAGCUUCAAUGAAUAGGAAAGAACAAUCUAUGGACAACAAACAUGCAGCUGAACCAGUUUAUGGGGAGGAAGAAUACGAAGAUCAGUAUGAAGACGAAGAUUAUGAUUCGCCCGUUAGACAAAAUCCUCCACCCAACUUAGAAACUUUUUCUUCUAAUAAAAAACUAGAAGAUCAACAUCAAUCGCAAAUGAUACAGAUCGGCAAUGCUAAUCGAUAUGAUGUUCGAGUUACUCAGGACUCAAAUACUGCACAAGAAGGUGACAGAUUACAACCAGGUCAAUCCUUACCAGGUUAUACCAUUCCACCUGGUUUUCGUGGAAGAGUAUUAUCAAUUGCCGGUGAUGAUACUGUUGCUAAAGGCGAUGGGAAAGCUCAAUCGCAAACUGUUGCACUAAUUCCAGCGCAACCAAAUAAUACUCUUGAAAACAAAUCGCUUGUUUCGGAAACACGAUCGCUUCGUAACAAUUAUCCUCGCUUUACAGGAACUCCUAUUUCUAAAAAUAAUGGUGAUCGCCUCAACGCUCCUACUCGAUCGUCAUCUAAUAGUUUUCUUACACGUGAUUUAGAUAAAUCGAUUAGACCUAGUUACUAUACUGUAACAAAUAGUGUCGCUGGUAAAAUAGAUGAUAACAAAAGCUCUCAAAAAAAAUACGAACAUCGAUAUUAUACUAAAAGUUCCACGUGCGGAUAUUUUACAUUUUCUUGCAAUAUCGUAUACGGUUCUAAUGGUAGAACAAAAAUUUGCAAACCUAAAGUACCAACAUAUCCCGAUGGUACACCAAUGAAGUGUUAAUUAAUCACACUGUGUGUAUUAUAUUAUUAUA